AGCUACAGGAAGAGCCGGGGCAGGCGGGGUGAGAACCACCAACUGCCCGUCCUCCCGCCCGCCUAGGGAAGGGGUGGGUGCCUGGGUGGGGUUUAGGUUUAGGAGAGGAUGUGACUGCAAGGCCAGGAAGCUACAGGGAAAGUUCUGAUUAAAAUACACAUAAACACAAGCCAGGUCCCCACCGCACUUGGUGAUGCACCCAGAGCAGCCUUGGUGCUGUGGACACUCCCUGGGACCCAGUGGAGGGGAGAGUUUGCUCCCAAAGGCACAUCAAUGACCAACAUUUGCCCCCCGGAGGAAAGAACGGGAACCAGCCUCUGACCCGUCCAGGUGCCCUGUCCAGCUGACUGCAAGGACAGAGAGGAGUCCUGCCCAGCUCUUGGAUCAGUCUGCUCGGCCGAGGAGCCCAGUGGAGCCAGGGGUGACCCUGGAGCCCAGCCUGCCCCGAGGAGGCCCUGGCUCAGAGCCAUGCCAGGUGUUUGUGAUAGGGCCCCUGACUUCCUCUCCCCGUCUGAAGACCAGGUGCUGAGGCCUGCCUUGGGCAGCUCAGUGGCUCUGAACUGCACAGCUUGGGUAGUCUCUGGGCCCCACUGCUCCCUGCCUUCAGUCCAGUGGCUGAAAGAUGGGCUUCCAUUGGGAAAUGGGGACCACUACAGCCUCCACGAGUACUCCUGGGUCAAGGCCAACUUGUCAGAGGUGCUUGUGUCCAGCGUCCUGGGGGUAAACAUGACCAGCGCUGAGGUCUACGGGGCCUUCACCUGCUCCAUCCAGAACGUCAGCUCCUCCUCUGUCACUCUUCAGAGAGCUGGUGAUGGUGGUUCCCCAGGCCCUACAAGCCACGUGGCUGCGGUGCUGGCCUCCCUCCUGGUCCUGCUGGCCCUGCUGCUGGCUGCCCUGCUCUACAUCAAGUGCCGUCUCAACGUGCUGCUCUGGUACCAGGACGCGUAUGGGGAGGUGGAGAUGAACGACGGGAAGCUCUACGACGCCUACGUCUCCUACAGCGACUGCCCAGAGGACCGCAAGUUCGUGAACUUCAUCCUGAAGCCGCAGCUGGAGCGGCGUCGGGGCUACAAGCUCUUCCUGGACGACCGCGACCUCCUGCCGCGCGCUGAGCCCUCCGCCGACCUCCUGGUGAACCUGAGCCGCUGCCGCCGCCUCAUCGUGGUGCUUUCGGACGCCUUCCUGAGCCGGGCCUGGUGCAGCCACAGCUUCCGGGAGGGCCUGUGCCGGCUGCUGGAGCUCACCCGCAGACCCAUCUUCAUCACCUUCGAGGGCCAGAGGCGCGACCCCGCGCACCCGGCGCUCCGCCUGCUGCGCCAACACCGCCACCUGGUGACCUUGCUGCUCUGGAGGCCCGGCUCCGUGACUCCUUCUUCCGAGUUUUGGAAAGAACUACAGCUGGCGCUGCCGCGGAAGGUGCAUUACAGGCCGGUGGAAGGAGACCCUCAGACGCAGCUCCAGGACGACAAGGACCCCAUGCUGAUUCUUCGAGGCCGAGUCCCGGAGGGCCGGGCCCUGGACUCAGAGGUGGACCCGGACCCUGAGGGAGACCUAGGUGUCCGGGGGCCUGUCUUUGGAGAGCCAUCAGCUCCACCGCACACGAGUGGGGUCUCGCUGGGAGAAGGCCGGAGCAGUGAAGUGGACGUCUCGGACCUCGGCUCGCGAAACUACAGUGCCCGCACAGACUUCUACUGCCUGGUGUCCAAGGAUGAUAUGUAGCUCCCACCCCAGAGUGCAGGAUCAUAGGGACAGCGGGGGCCAGGGCUGGGGGAUCUCUCCUCUGCUCAGCAGGACCACAACCCCUGCCAGCAGCCCUGGGACCCUGGGGAAAAGGCUGUGGCCUCAGGGGUACCUGCCAGUGCCAGAAAAUAAAGUCCUUUUGGAUUCUG